AUGUGUGAAAAAGUUACCCACAUGUUGUAUAUUUUUAAUUACGGCACGGUACAGAUCACUCGUUCCCCCAAAAAUCAUAUUUAUUGUCGUAAUCAUGAGUUCAACUAAAUAAUAUCCUUAUCCAAUCUGUUACAAAAACAUAACACUUUAGCAGCACUAUAGUUAUAGUGCAGCCGAGUCGAGUAGCAGCAUCAGUUGGAUGGUUGGUUGGAACAGGAGUUGGACGGUUUUAUAAUAAUAGCGGUAGCGGUACGUACGAUAUGCACACGCGAUCGCCGAGGACGAAGAAUUAGCAGCUCGACAGACAAAAUCUUCAGAAAUGGCUCUCACGAGUGUAGUUGUCCGAUGUCUCUCCUCUCAUCUGAGACCAACGUUUCGUGUUUUAGAAAAGUGUAAAUCUAUUUCGAAACCCCUCCAUUCUACUAUCAGAUGUGCAAGACAAUUGACAAUAAGCGCUGCCUUAGAAAGUGAUAAAAAAUUCAGCAAAGAUCAUGAAUGGAUAACAACGGAAGGAGGAAAUGGAACCAUAGGAAUCACAGAGUAUGCCCAGGAAAAACUGGGUGACAUAGUUUAUGUACAAUUACCAGAAGUCGGAGACAGUUUUGAUCAAGAUAGUGAAUUUGGAGCUUUAGAGAGUGUGAAGGCAGCAAGUGAUCUUUUCUCUCCUGCAUCCGGUGAGGUCAUAGAGGUCAAUUCACUUCUAGAAAGUGAUCCAGCUUUAGUCAACAGUGAUCCGUAUGGAGAAGGGUGGAUAAUGAAGAUGAAGCUGAGCAAUCCAUCAGAGAUUGAUGAUCUAAUGACCGAGGAACAAUACAACAAAUUUGUAGAAGACCUUGAUGAAUGAUGAUGAAUCUACCAGACUGUCCCUAUAAGGCACAAGGACCAUUUCAUGAAGUAGCUUGUUAGUGAUUUUUACUGAUGAAUCUUCACCCAGCCAAUCAGAUGCACCGGUAUUGGUAGCUUUUGAAUGAUGCCAAUGAAAAUUACUGACAAUACGCUUCAUGAAAUGGUGUCCUGUGACUCUAUGAACUUUGACCUUUGGAAUCAUUACAUCUAUAUUAAGAGAAAGGUGCACCAUACAUCAUAAAUCAGUAUUCUUCCUGAUUGACAUUUACAAUUAACCUGAUUGUGAAGAACUGAAAAAAAAGAUUGGAAGAAUUUAGCGAACUUGGGGAUGCUGUGUAUACUACUCUACUUGUGUACUAUAGCGGAAUGGAAUGUAUAAAAAGUAUGUGGAAUGCAUGAAGCAUAGUUGUUGAUGAUAUCAUUCUAGAUCUCCUCAGACAGCAUGAGCGAAAAUGAAGUUUCUUGUUUCGUAAACUCGAGUUUACUUGUAAUUUCAUCUGGUUUGAAGAGAGAGUAAGGGACUCCCUGUUUCCAUUAGCUGUAUGUUAAGAUGUUGCUUCGUAACCAGAUGCCAUCCUAGUUCUCUUCACACAGACUGAAACUGCAAGUAAACUUGAAGUUAAGAAUCAUGGGUGAAACUUUAAGUUCGGUGCAGCGUGAUGAGAGCUUUUAUUAGGAAACAAACCUAUCUAUAAAGAGUGUUUUAGCGAUGCAUCAGUAACGCAUAGUUUGGUCUGCAUCAGUUGCCUGUUCAAUGAAAGAGCGUAUUGAACAAAGGACCGAAAUCCAACGAAUAUCCCAUAUGCUAGGGUACAAAACUUGCUAUUCAAUAUGAGACCGUAUUGAGCAGUCUAAUGCGCAUGCGUGGAUGCACAAACAAUACAACAAUCUGCAGCAUAGAGUGCAAUGACACUUUACUACGUCACAAUGAACUACAUGUAAGUCGCAUUUGACCUUAUUAUAUAGUGAGGCCAUAUUUACUGAUUGUGGUUAGUGACAUGACUUGCUCAAUCAAAACUUUCCCCCUUUAUUUGAGGGGGGGAUGUGAUAGAUAAUAAUAAUUAUAUUGGAUGGCUUUUUUUCAUGGAAUAACAGGAAUAUUCCACUUGUUGUGGCCAACAUUCCACUCGUAUGCGAUUUGUUGAAUAUUGGCCCCAACUCUUGGACUAUCUCUGGUGUUCCAUUCUGAGCCAUCCAAUAGCAUAUUAAUAUUCAACUUGAAAUUAAAGGUAAUAGUAUAGUGUUUGGACAAGUUGACAUGGUUUCACUUGUGAUAUACAACAAAUAUGCAUUUUUCAUUCUUGCUUUUCUGUACUGCCAUGACCUUUAGCGACUAAUAAUCUACUUUGCAUAAUGAAUCAACAAAAAUGUAGAAAUAUGUUGCUGAUCAGUAUAAAGAUGAGUGCCUUUGAUUUGAAGAUUCCUUGGCUGUCAUAUAUUCCCUUCACAGAAAGCAUAUUUUAUGUUUCCAUUAGAAAUUUAUUUGUGAAUGUAGCAUGUUUCAAUAGUUAGUGUAGUAAACUAAGUUUAGUUCAGCAUAGGGACGUUAUAUCAUAAUGUGAUAUUCGCAAUAAGAAGAACUUUGGAUUAUUAUGGCACUCGGAUGUUGCUUAAGCCUUUAGUGUGAUAAAUAAUGCUGAUAAAAAUAAGGCAAAUGAACAGAUAUUUGAAUAAUCAAUCAGAUAUAAAUCACUGAUUAAGUCAUGAUUUUUUUUUGUAAUGCACAACAGUACCUGCCUUGAUAAAAAUAAUCAAAUUUGGUUACUUUGUUAAUUUGUUGAAGCAAGCAAAUUCAAUCCACUCAGUGCUAUUAAAUGAAUAUUUAAAGACAAUUACCAGUAGUUCUGGCUAAAUAAUUUAUCCAUUAAUUUGAUAAUGGAUUACUUCUGCUCCAUUUGGGUUUUAGUGUGCUUCAAGAAAUUAUUUCUAAAGUGUUUCUCUUGAUCCCAUUUUUCUGUAUGUGUGUGUGUUUUUUAAAGUUACUGUCCGUUAUUGUCAACUUCAAAGAAGUUUUGUAGGGUUUUUUUUAAGAUAAAAAGGACUACCCUUCUCGUUAAAUGCCAUCUCUGUUCUGUGCACUGCACAUGUUUAAUAUAUUGUUAUUGUAAUUUCGUGGCUGAGACACUUUGCAUUUAAAACUUGCAAUAUCAAAUAUUAUUCAUUUAUUAUCAUUUUAUGGUGAAAUGAUCAUGUGACUCAUUUACAAAGGGUGCUAGGCAACUCUGAUUUAAUCUUAGGUCCCUGGUUUACAGGACCAUUGUUUUACCGUCCAUGCUAUUGCAUGGUUUAUCUUCAGCAGCAAGGGGCUUUUUUUUAGGGGGGGGGGAGGUUUGAGUAAGACCAUUAUCAGAAUCUUUCACUUAUAUGUAAAAAAUAACAAUAAGUGAUUGAAUUCACCGUCCUGAAACUAUGAUACAGUAUCUGUUUCUAAUGGCCACUUUGUAGCUGUUUCACCAUUAUUCAUUUUCAAAAUGGUUCUUAUAAGUGUUUAAGUUGUGCUCAUUAACUAAAUAGUGCACAUGGAAUAUCCCAUAACCCCAUUGCAGAAAAACAAUCUUUGUUGAUGGCAAUUGUCAUGGUAAUGUUGCUGAACAACCAAUCGAAUUCAGUUUCAAUGAAGUUACUAUCGAUGGAAUGUUAAAUGGAGCCAUGAAGGAGCACGAUUACAAUAUUAGUUUUUGCAAGUAUUAGCGAUUUUAGCAAUUCUGUCGAUAUCAACAAUGUAUCCAGAGCUAUUCCACUUAAAGUUUCAAGUUAUUGUUGUGUACAAUUUAUCGUUGAAUACAUUAUGUUUUGAACCAUUUAUAAAAGCAUAAUUACGAUUAUGCUUGGAGGAAAGUUAACAGUAUAUCUGGACAGAGUAUCGACUAUUAAAGUAUAUUAAGAAUCAUGAAACUGAUCAUUCAAUGAUCAGGAUGGUAAUGUUUCAAUUUAUCCAUAGGAAUAUGACUGGAUAGAUAAUACAAGAAUAUACAAGAAA